AUGUCAGACACGGAGCAGGAUGAGCUGACGGCCAUGACGCCUGCUCAGAGAAAAUUGUUCGAUAUACGCAUGAAGAUGAAUGCUGGGCGGAAGGCAAACAAAAAGGAGGUGGUAGCAGAGCACGACCGCAUUCAGAAUAUCAAGAAGGAUAAAAAGGAGAAUCAAUACAGAAAGAGAGAGGAAAGAAAGAUGGAAUUUGCAAGUGAUAAAGCUCACCUUAACGAAACAGCUGAGGCUGCCGCUAUGAAGACUAAAAUUACAAGCAAAAAAGAGAAGCGAAAAGCCGCGUUUGGGUGGGAUGUAUUCAACGAAGAUUCGUUGUAUAAGGGCUACAAAAAGCGACUUGUGAACUUGCCAACAGCAGAAGAGCAUUUAUCGGCAACGAAUGCCACAGCUGGAAUCACACUUUGUGACGAAGUGGCCUACGGCAAGGAUGACAAAGUUGAGGAGGCAAACGUGGAGCGCAUGGCCCAGGAGUUGGAACAUCGCGUGCAUGCCCGCAAGAAAUUUAGUCGACGGCGCCAGCAUUACGAGGGCAUUCGACAAGUAUACGGUAGAAAUUCGACAGAAUCUCGAGCGAGGCACCGCUUUGUAGUUAAAAAAAGUUUUUGCUUACACAUAAGUAUUAAAUACUGUUCGUAA